AGAAUAUAGGGCAAAGUAGAAGUUAGUGUCUUGAUAUGAUUUACUUGAAUGAAAAAAGUCAUAAGCUUUCAAAGUUACCAUUUAAAAUUUAAAGGGGUAAAUUACUUUAAGAUUGAAUAGAAAUGGAGGUAAAAAGAACAAAAGAAAAUAGUAAAUGUAGUCCAACUCUUUUUGCUCCCCUUCAAUCUCCCUUAAGAUAUGGUGUUAAUUUCAAAACUUGUGUUACAAACCAUGUUAGUGUUUUGGGACUGAUGGGACUUUUAACUUGGAUUCAGCUGUGAGCAUCUGUGUUUAGAAGGGGAGAAAGAACUUGUGUUGGAUCUCUUCAAUCUCCUAUACCAAGUUUCAUGUCUGAACUCGACAUCCAAAUACCUAGUGCCUUCGAUCCAUUUGCAGAGGCUAAUGAUAAGGACUCUGCCGGGGCAAAGGGGUACGUUCAUGUGCGUAUACAGCAGCGUAAUGGUAGGAAACGCUUGACCACUGUCCAGGGCUUGAAGAAGGAAUUCAGCUAUAGUAAAAUACUCAAGGACCUUAAGAAAGAAUUUUGCUGCAACGGUACUGUUGUCCAGGAUCCAGAGCUGGGCCAGGUCAUUCAACUUCAAGGUGAUCAACGAAAGAAUGUUUCUACCUUUCUAGUUCAGGCUGGCAUUGCGAAGAAGGAACAUGUCAAGAUUCAUGGUUUUUAAGCAGCACUCUCAGCAGUAGCAGAUAUACUUAUAUGUUUGCAACUGCUGUUUCAUGUAAGAGAUCAUACAAUUUAUAUGGCUCUAAGAAUCGAGUAUAGUGUCUAUAAUGUAUUUUCAAUUUCUGUCAAACUAAUAUUCUCAAGCAUUAAUAAAAUACUAUCUUUGUCUA